AUGGAGCAUGACUGGAUGCUCUGUGUGGAUCGCCUCUUGGGGGCAUGGACAGGAUAUCAGUUGGGAGUGAGGAUGCUUUCCGGUGGGCCGGAAACGUAUGAAAAGGCGAAAUGGUUCGCUGAGGUUCUAGCUGAGCAUGUAUCCAAUUCACAGAACCUGCAGGUCCAUGACUUGAGCGAAUGGAUAAGUGACGUUUUGGAUAAUGAAUUUGAUCUUAUUCUAGAGGAUAAUAGCCUGGAGUGGCUUGCUUCAUCUUUGCUAAAAUGCAGUAUGUGGUUGAAGAAAUGUCAGAAAGCGGAACUUGAGAAUUUUCUGUCCCAGUUGCCGUCCGAAAGUUCCGUGCAAACUGCUGCGAUAGAAAGUCAAGUGGUAUUGGACAAUUCAGAUGAAGAAAGCAGUGACUGUGAAGAACUCGAGCAUGAAACCCGAGACGAACAAACUAAGAAGCCGUCGAGGAAACGCAUGGAAACCGAUGAAGAUGGUUGGACAACAGUUAUUCGCAGAUAA